AUGACGACCCGGCGCUCUGCCGGUCACGCAUCGACGCCAUCCUCUCCGAGUGCAAAUGGCUCUCCCUCCACCUCUUCCACACCACAGGCCAGUCGAAGGACGGCAACCAAGAUCGACGCACCUCCAAUUGCCGGCUCGCCGUUCUUCCCUACACCGCUGGAGGCGAUUCUACUCGCCAUCUACCCCGGUACCCUCAUCCUCGGCUCCCUCUUCAGCACCCUUCAACCCAGCAGUCGUAACGCGCCGUACAUCCCACACAUCCAGUCUUACGAUCCCCUCCUGGCUCCCAGCUACUUCGCAAAGAAGAGCAACGUGCUCAACGUCUACUUUGUCAAGAUUGGCUGGUUCUGGACGACGCUCGCCUUCUUCCUCCUCAUCUUUUCGCACUCUUCGCUAGGCCGACCACUGACGUUGGACCUGACGAAAAGGAGGGUCCAGGCGAUCGCGAGAUAUCUGACCGUCACUGCCGUCUGGAUCGCGGUGACGCAGUGGUGCUUCGGCCCGCCGAUCAUCGAUCGCACGUACAGGUGGACGGGAGGACAAUGCGAAGCCAUCUACGGCGAGGGGCCGGAAGACCAGCUGAAGAGGGCGGAAAUGGGAGCCGCGCAACAGGCCCUCACUCAUGCGGCGUGCAAGGCGAUCGGGGGACAGUGGAAGGGCGGGCACGAUAUCAGCGGCCACGUCUUUCUGCUCAUCUUGGGCAGCGCCAUGCUCUGGCUCGAGCUUCUGCCAGCCGUGAUGAGGACGGAAGGAUUACGGGAGGCUCGACGCGUGGUGACUGCCGACGGACUCAUUCGAAGCGCGUCCAUCGAGACGGAGAAGCCUUCGAGAGAGGGCGAGGGGAGAAGCAAAGAGAUGGGCAUUGGGCUGUCGGCGGCGCUGGGUGUGGCGGGCUUGAGCUGGUGGAUGUUGCUCAUGACUGCCGCGUACUUCCACACUUGGUUUGAGAAGUUUACGGGGUUUUUGGUGGCUUUUGGAGCGAUAUAUACAGUCUACUUCCUCCCCAGGGCGGUGCCGGGGUUGAGGAAGGUGUUGGGGAUGCCGGGGGUGUGA